UUGAGAUGAAAUUUGAUUGAAAUUAUGGAUAAAAGCAAUCAUUUAAUGAAUAAUAUGUGGAAAAUGUGUGAAAACAAUACAUUUCUUAAGGAAAUGUUAAGUCAGACCACUCUUAACGCUUCCAAUGAGUUCGACAUGAAUGAAGAGGUCGUUUCAAACAGUGGUAUUGAUUUGCAUGGAGUGGUCACUGAAGACAUGAAUGAACCCAUGGAUAGAGACAAUACAGACACCGAAAUGAGUACAUUAGGUCUCAUCGGUGAUCGACAAGACCUAUAUUCGGACACGAGUUCAGCCCUUGUAUUGAAAGACAUCUCAAUGGACGUGAAUUUGACGCCAACUCUGGAGAUGAGACACAAUCACAGCAAAAGACAACAAUUGUUUGGAUUUCAUAAACAAAAGCAAUUGUUUUUAAACCAACCGAUCAUUCAAAGGGACGACAUCUGUGUGGACAACAGCUUAGGAUUAUCACCGCUUAAGAGACACUUCAUACCAGACAACGACGACAGUGACAGUGAACUCAGUUUUGCCAUCAAUUUAUCCACUGAUCAAAACAACGAAAGCAAUGGAUUUGACGGCGCCUUCAGUGGUAUUCAGAUGAAUAGUUUUCAAUCAAAUCAUAUGUCGUGUAGAGAAGACCCCGAGUUUUGUGGCGAACACUUCAAGUCUGUCAGCAAGUGUUCAGACCUCGAGUUGAAGGCUGAGGCGUUGGUCGACACCAAUGAGACAUUCCGUUCGCCGAACUCCGAGUUUCGAGACAAAAGCAUAUCUUCUUAUUUCAAACAACAUUCAGAACCGCUUUCUUCGAUCCAAACAUUUGGCGAUUCAUUUCAGAUGAAAGCCGAAGACAUUUGUACUAAAAUUCCUCAUCAGAACGACUUGUCUUUAAUUAAUGAGUCGUUUGUAUCGAUUAGCGACUCUUUGUUCAGCGCUUCCAAUAAUACAUUAGAAAACGUUCAGAAGAUAAUUGAUCGCAAGAAUAGGAAACGGAAAUCGAGAUUAAGUAAUGCCUCCACUCUUUCCGAAUGCCAUUCGUUUACUCCGAGUGUGAACUCAACUCUUCGUUCAUCUGAGAGUAUCAGCACAAGUGAUGUCCAUAAGAGUACAACUGUGGUCACAUCGGGAGUGGGGACCCUAUCAACGGUGCAAACAUAUAGCCCUAACUCAGACAGCAGUCACUCGAUUGCCUUAACGAAUGCCAACACCUUAUGUCUCAAUCAAAUGCUUGUCGUCUCACCCAAUGUGUUGUCCCUUACUAUCGGCUGUUUCGUUGAGUUUAAACUCAAUUAUCUGAAAGUCAAGAAUUUGUCGAUCACUUCAUUUAAAGCUGAGAUUAAAAUCAAUGCAAAUGUCGACACUUUGAAUGCUUUGAGCAUUCAAUACCCCAAACAUGUGAUCAAUAUUCCGGCUUUCUUUGAGGGACUUCUCACUCAAGAUAUAGCUAUCAUUCCGUUAAAGUGCGGCUCAUUUACUGUUGCAUUUCAAAUAUACCCGUCCAUUGAAAGCAUUAAUUUGCCGAUCAGUCCGUUGUCUGUCAUUUGUCACAUCAAGUCAGAGGAAGUGGUCAUCAAAAGACCUCUCUUUUCGUCCAAUUACUUGCAAAUCCAUUACAAUCUAUUCGAUGAAGAGAUUGAAAAGCAAACCAUCGAUUUAUGUGUUAAUAAUACAAACUUUUCGGAUGUAAUUCCUCUGAAGCUAUGCUUGGAAGCCAACAAAGGCUUUAUAUUCGAGCCCUUAUACAGACAUUCAGACAGUACUAUCCAUACGUUCCGGUGCUUAGACCCGCAGACACUGUUUGUUGCGACCAAAACUCAGUACGAAAUACGAGUGCCUCUAAUCAUCAAAGGGAAUGGCGUUCGAGACGUGGACUCGUGUCUAACGGUGUCCACCGAUUCACCACAGAGUCAUGUGUUGGCCAUCUUUCAAUUGAGGGCCACUUUUUGGCCAAAGAGUAAACUAACGGAACACUUGCUUCAAAGCUCUCAGACCAGUGUAUGUCUAUCGAGAGGUGUCUGGAAAACAAUGAAUUUUCGUAACAAAUCCAACAAAUGUCUAAUUCGUGUACAUCUGGAGUGCGUUUGUGGCAAAAGGGUCGCACAAAAUGUAAUGAAAUUUUCUUCGACUCAACUAAUGAUCGGUCCGUCAGAAAAGGUUUCCAUCGCUUUAAUGGCUCACAAGAACCCUGUGGUUAAGGGCGAGAAGUUCCACAUAUCAGUCAAAUAUGACACCGGAUUCGGCAAAUCAGUUCCUGUCCUCAUUCCCGUCCAAAUCAUUUGAUUUGUUUAUCAGAUUUAGAAUUUAUUUAUUAUUAUUUUAACGGAU